UAAAAAGUCUGUGUAUGAGAAUGGAUCAUGCCUACUCUUUGCCUGUACGUUCUGCCAGCUCAACAAAGCGCAAACGUACGGGUGAAAAAAAUGACCCGAGAAGAUUUUGGGACCAUAGAAGAAGCAAGAGACGCGUAAACCUGGGAGAAGCCUUUGAAAGAUGGUGAAAGCUUCGUGACAAGCUCGCAUUGCAGAGAGAUGCUGAUCUCGCUUGCGUCUUAAUAAACAGUUAUGAAAAAGCAGGUCCAUCCACAUCAACUCCAAACAAAAGACAUGGAAUGCCCUUUCAAACUCUCUCGACCAUUCAUACAUCCAGUGAGUCAUCAUCACAUAGAGAACACUGCUUUCUGGAGCCUGAUAUUGAAGAAAUUUCCAUUGCUGAACUAGAACAGGCGCUGGAUGAAAGUUUUUCUAAAAUGAGUGUUCAUGAUGAGUCAACCAUUACCCUGAAAGAAGACGCUAAUGAUCUUCAAAACACAGUAAUUGACUGGAGAGAUAAAGAUGACGAUGCUGCUUUGGAAUCAGCAAGUGAAGAUAGUAGUUUGGAUGAUGACUACAUCCCAUCUAUUUGUAUGAGAACUGGUGGAGGAAAAAAAACAUUGGAAAUGAUGGAAAAGCUUCCAUUCAUCAGCCUGGAAGAAACUGUACUACUUUCCACUGAGAAUGAUGUACCGCCCCAAGAAGAAGAUUUGGUCACGUCACCGUCUAGCUUACAGGUCUUGUGUGAGGAUGAUGUAAUUGGACAGAAGGCAUCAAUAGUGUAUGAAUUGAACUUGAAACAGCUGGUUACGUGUCUAAAGCUGCCUGUUUUGAAAUGCAAUUUCACUGACAAUGUGACAAAUCAGGCUUGCCAGGCUUCAGCACCAUUUGAAGUAAAUCUGACUUCAAGAGGCACAGGAACAAUCAUUGAAUGGAUAUGUUCCAAUGGACACAAAAUAUGGAAGUGGAACUCCCAGCCCACACUGAAAUAUGGGAUCCAGGCAGGGGACUUCAUGAUGGCUACAAAUGUACUACUGUCUGGGAAUAACUACUAUAAAGUUUCCCACCUGUUCAAAUACAUGAACAUGGGAUUUGUUGGGAAGGACCUUUUCUUUAACAUACAAGACACCUACUGUGUAGGAACAAUCAAGGAAUUUUGGGAAGUGAAGAGAUCUACAGCGAUCCAACGGCUGCAGGAUAAAGACAGUGUUGUAGUGCUAGCAGAUGGAAGAAUGGACAGUCCAGGACACUGUGCACAGUACUGCACCUACACAAUGGAGAACGAAUCAAAGGAAAUCAUAUCUGUUGUGACCAUUGACAAAAGGCAGACGGAUCGAAACUCUGGAAUUAUGGAAAGAGAGGCUUUUGUAAGGACCAUGGACAAGCUUCUAACUGAAAUAAAGCUCACAGAAAUAUGUACGGAUGCUCACAGUCAGAUUUCUUCUCUUAUGAAUCCUAACUCUGGUAGGUACAAGGAAUCAGGAGUACUUCACUCAUGGGAUAUGUGGCAUGGUGCGAAGAAUCUGGCCAAGAAGAUCACAGCAGCAGGACAGCUGUCAGGGCAAAAAAUACUUUUGAAGUGGACCAAAGACAUUGUUAACCACUUUUGGUUCUGUUGCAAGACAGCAGAGACUGAUGGGCAUUUCCGGAAACUCUGGAGCAGUGUGCUUCAUCAUGUUACCAAUGAACACACAUGGUACCUUGGCCAAUGCUUGCAUGAUUGUCUGGCAGAAAACCAUGAGAAAGAAUGGCUGGAGAGCAGAAGUGGAAAGUAA